AUGACAAGCUACGCCGCAAAAGAGGCCACGGAUCUCCAUUUCCUUGGCAACACGAUCCUCAUUGAUAUCAGCGGAAUCGGAGGAAUGACGCACGAGUGGCGUGCUGCGAAGCUCCAAGAUGAGAUCUCGCCUUUUGACCUUCCAGGCACGAGGAUUGAACGACACGGGGCGUGUGGGAAGCUUUCAGCUACUAUUGCCUCAGGCGCUGGAAACAGUACCUUCGCUACAGACUACUGA